AUGAGAAUUGCCGGUCAAUUAUUAUUGGCUUAUUCUGAAACAACACCAAAUGAACAACAUCAUCUAUUCAAUGAAAAUGAAAAUAAAAAUUAUAAUAAUAAACUAAUAAUUGAAAAAUCUAUACAUACACCAUCCAUUAACGAUCACAAUUACAAAAUACUUCCUGAUUACUAUAAUUUAAAAUAUGAUGACGAACAACAACAUGGUGAAGGUGAAGAUGAUGAAGAACAAGAUCGAUAUAAGCGUUAUCGUUUUGACAAACGUAAUCUUAGAGAGAAAAAAUAUCGAUUAGAUAAGAAAAGUUUUGAAGAUGAAUUACAUAAUUUAGAUAAACGAUAUAGAUUAGACAAACGCUAUCGUCUGGAUAAAAGGUAUCGAUAUGAUUAA